CACACAUUAGAUUGAAUUCAUUUAUUUAUUUUCAAUUUCGGUGCCAAAAUUUUGUCCCAGAUUCUAUGAUUCACAUUUUUUUUUGUUCUCUGUAUAUUUCAUCAUUUCAAUAAUGAAUCAACACGAAAAAGAAACAAAUGUAAAUGAUCAACAACAACAAGAACAAGAACAACAGCAGCAGCAACAACCACCUAUCGAUGUUGGUAUUGAAGCUACAACAUUACCAUUAUAUGAUUCCAAAAGUCAGCUAAUUAAUUGUAGUGAAGAAUUGUUUGGAAAUAUUAAAAACUAUAUUACAUCCGAAAUUGAAUUGACAUUAGAAGAUUAUAAACUAUUGGAAACAAUGAACAAUUUUACAAUGGAAAAAUUUCAAGGAAUGACCCAGAUUGCCCAACAAAUACAGGAAGAAAAUCGUGAUUUAAAUGAUCGAUAUAGGAAACUAUUACCGAAAUUGGAGAUAAUUGAUAAAUUAGAUCGUAAAGUUACCAGAUUGGAAAAGAUGGCCUAUGCAAUUGAUGCCUAUUCAAAACGAUUAGAGAAACAAUAUAAAUUAUUGGAAAAAGGGUUAAACGAUCAUCAGCCUCAUCAACAACAAUAACAAUAAUCAAAAUUAGCUAAAUCAGCAACAACAAUAAGAAUCAACAAAUCAAUCAUCAAGUGAUUGACAUAUGGUUGAUAAAAUUCAUCGAUGAAUCACACGCACACCCAUACAGACACAUUAUGUAGACAACAAACAAACAAAAAUGAUUCAUCAAAAUGAUUGGAUUUGGAUUUUUGCAGAAUAUUCAAAAAUAAAAGAAGA